CCAACCAACUGGCCACAGCAUCGCGCGACGACGCAACCAGAGCUACAUGACAUUAUGUUCCACGAAGGCAAUUUACAGAGCGGCAUAGCUCGCGCCAUACAGGAACAGAAGCUUGUUGGCUGCUUCAUCCAAGACGGCAGCGCAGAGAGUACGACCUGGGAGGAUGAGUGGCUGAAGAGCGGCUGGCUAUCGAGCCUGCUCGAACAGAAAGCAGUCCUAUUGCGCCUCCAAGCCGGAUCUACAGAGGCCGGCUUUCUCGCAGCCUUCUGCUCUAUAUCAGAGACGCCUACAUUUAUCGUGAUACAGAACGGGCAGUUGCAAGAGCAGCUUAGCAGUGGGAUAAGCCAAACCGACUUCGUCAAUCGUAUACGGAAAGUCCUGGGCGCGUCUCCGAUCCCAGGCACGGCAGAGCCCGCAGCUAGCACACCCGUGGUAUCCGCCCCAGAAGCAACACGUACAGCUACACCGCCUCAGCCUUCACCACCUACCCGUACACCAGCCGCGCCAACACCGCCGCUUUCCUCAGUAGCCAAAGGCAAGCAGAAAGCCACAGCACCAGCCACAAAGCCCGAGCCGGCAACUUCAAAAGCACAACAAGCUGCGAGAGAAGCGUUGCGGAAGAAGAAGGAGGAGGAACGGGCAGCACUUGAGCGCAUAAAAGCACGCAUCGAGGCGGAUAAGGCGGAGCGCAAGGCACAGGCAGAAGCACGGAAGGCCGAGCGAGAGAAGUUGACCGAGUCAGGACCAACAACAUCGCAGUUCUCCGCGACAAGUUCAAGAGGGUCAAAUGCCAAGGAAGUCCAUCUCAAUGUCCGCAUGUUUGAUGGCGCAACCGUCCGCUCUUCGUUUCCUCGCUCGGCGAAACUCCAAGACGACGUGCGGCCGUGGAUAGACCAGGAGUUUGUGGCGCGAGCAGAGAACCCGAAUGAGCGACAUCCGCCAUACUACUUCAAGCAGAUACUCGCACCGCUACCUAGUCGCGAGCUAUCCGCUGGUGACGAAUGCCAGACAUUAGGCGACAUUGAUCUUGCGCCCUCAGCGACGCUCGUCCUCGUGCCUGUCAAGGGUUACACUGAUGCCUAUGCUGGAGGCUCUCGGGGCAUUGUCUCAGGGCCAGCAGGCAGCGUGUUCAAUAUUGUUGGCGGGGCUUUCAAUCUUGCGGGUUCCGCCGUGGGCUACGUGAGCAACACUCUUUCUUCGGUAUUGGGAGGUGGAGGGAGUGCACCGCAAGAUAAUCAGCAGCAGCAAGAGCAGACGGGUGAAGGACGCUCACUGGGCAAUACACCGCAGGAACCGCCAGGCUCGACGGGGAUUCGUGUGCGGACGCUCGCAGAUCAGCGGUCGAGGGAGCCAAGGAAUGAGCAGUUGUAUAACGGGAAUCAGCUAAACUUUGAGCCGAGGGAUGAAGACUCAAAUCGGUAGCCAAAUUUGGAGAUCGUUUCAUUCUCAAUGCGGAGAGUCACGGAUUCUUGGAGGAUUGAUGAUACAAGAUCAAGAGAAAGGCUCCACCUGCCGGAUGGAUGAAGCAAUAUCAUCAAGUUACCUAUCCUAGCUCCCGUUGAAAAUUUUGAGUGACACUU